CCGAGGCUAGCUGCAGGGUUGGCGUUCGGCCGGCCGUACGCACCGUACGGCGGCGCGGCGCCUUCCUUCCCUACCCUACAACGACGAUCGACGAUGUGCUAGCCACCCCGACCGACACAUCCAUCCAGCGGUGCCCACCAUGGCCCGCCGCCGCCGCCUCUCGGCGUCCUCGUUGCCAGAGGCGGCUGGUGCCAUUCCCAGUGCGUUGCCUCCCGAGCUCCGGUGGCCUUUCGCGCGCCUCGAGGCCCUCACCCAGGACGAGCUCCGGGAAUCCGUCUACGAGAUCUUCUUCUGCGCCUGCCGCUCCGCUCCCGGCGGCGGCACACGCCCAUCUGCCGCCGCCAGAGGCAGCAGGGGAGGCGCGGCGACCCCAACGAGACCACCACCGGAGGUGUCGUCUCCUACCUCCGGUGGAGCAAAGAACAUGGCGGUGACGAGCCGCCUGAAGCGCGCGCUCGGCCUGCGCGCGAGGAACACGAGGCCCACGGUGGGGGCGGGCGGGCGCCCCUUGACGUCGGCGGAGAUCAUGCGGCGGCAGAUGGGGGUGAGCGAGCAGACCGACGCCCGUCUCCGCAAGACCCUCGUGCGCUCCCUCGUCGGGCCCCAGAUGUCCAGGAAGGUGGACUCCCUCGUGCUCCCCCUGGAGCUCCUCCGCCACCUCAAACCCGCCGACUUUUUCGACGCCGGCGAGCACCGCGCGUGGCAGCUCCGCCAGCUCAGGGUCCUCGAGGCAGGCCUCGUCUCCCACCCCUCCGUGCCGCUCGACCGCGGCAACGCCUCGGCGUCCGCUCUCCGGGACACGGUCCGGUCCGCCGAGCUGCAGACGCGGCCCGUCCUCGACGCGCGCGCCCUGUCUGCCGUCGUGGCGGCGCUGUGCCGGCGGUCCGUGGACGCCUGCCGCUGGGCCGACGGCUACCCCCUCAACGUGCACCUGUACCUGACCCUCCUCCGCGCCGUGUUCGACGCCAGGGACGAGACGGUGGUGCUGGACGAGGUCGACGAGCUCAUGGAGCUCAUCAGGAAGACGUGGAACGUCCUUGGUCUCAACGACACCAUCCACAACGUCUGCUUCACGUGGCUAUUCUUGGAGAAGUACGUGACGACCGGGGAGACGGAGCCGGACCUGCUGUCCGCGGCGCUGGCGAUGCUCGAGCAGGUCCGCGACGACGCCCGGAGACAGGCCGAGGCCGGCACGCUGGAGGCGGCGCACCUCAGGGUCUUGUCGGCGACUCUGGCGUCCAUGCACUCGUGGGCGGAAGAAAAGCUGCUGGAUUAUCACGAGUCGUUUGGUGACGACCAAGGAGCUGGUGGCUCCAUUGGUGCCAUGGAGAAUGCCGUGUCCCUUGCUGUCUUGGCGGCAGCGAUGCUCAGCCAGGACGUGCCGUCGUCUUUCGCAGUGGCGGUGGCGGCUGCCGGCGGCGAUCUCUCGUCAGCUAGAUCGCCUUCGUCAUUCUCAGCCAGGGAGAGGGAGAUAGUGGAACGGUAUAUCAAGUCGUCGGUGAGGCGUGCUUUCACCAGGCUGCACGAAACCGGCACCGCCGAGAAGAUGGACAGCAUGAUCGUGGAGGUGGACGAGGACCCUUGCGAGACCCUGAUGUAUGUGGCGUCGCAGACCAAGGAGCUGGCAAGGCUGGAAAAAGAGGUGUACGACCGCGUUGUCCGGCAGUGGCACCCGUGCCCGACGGCCGUGGCCGCCGCCACCCUCCACGGUUGCUUCGGCGCGCUCUUGAAGCGGUACGUGUCCAGAAUGGCGGCGUGCGGCCUGAGCAGCGAGACUGUGCGCGUCCUGCACGCGGCCUCUAAGCUGGACAAGUGGUUGCUACAGAUGGCCAGCGAGGACGACCCGCCGCCAGACCAGCCGCCGAUGACCCCCUACGACGUGGACUCCAUCAUCUUUGGCCUGGUCAAGGGCUGGAUGGACGAGCGGCUCAAGGUAGGGGACGAGUGCUUGAGAAGGGCCCAGGAGGCAGAGACCUGGAACCCGAGGUCCAAGGCCGAGCCGUACGCACAGUCUGCGGUGGAUCUGAUGAAGCUGGCCAAGGUCACCGUGGAUGAGAUGCUGGAGAUCCAGGUGGCGUCGGCCUGCAAAGAGGAGCUGCUGCAACGCCUUGUUGACGGCAUCGAUCACCUCGUCCACCAGUACGCUAUGCUGCUUGCCUCGUGUGGGUCCAAGGACAGCUACGUUCCACCUCUGCCGACAUUGACGCGGUGCAACCAGGACUCCAAGCUCGUGCAGCUCUGGAAGAAGGCGGCGCCGCCGUGCCAGGUGGGCGACCUGGAGGCUCUCGACUGCGGCAGGAUCGACAUUGUCACGAGCAGCAAGAAGCCCAGGCUGGAGGCGAGCCGGUCGGGACGAGGAGAGCGAGACCACGCGGUGCGCCCCGCCACCAGCCGCGGCACGCAGCGGCUCUACGUGCGCCUCAACACGCUCCACUACCUCCUCGCCGUCCUGCACAGCAUCGACAGGGCGCUCUCCUCCUCCCAGCUGCAGGCCCCGCAGCGGCGCCGCCUCGCGAGGAGCUCGGCCUUCGGCCACGCCCGCCCCGCCCUCGACGCGGCCGUCCACCACGUGUCCGAGCUCGCCGCGUACCGCCUCGUCUUCCUCGACUCCGCCCAGUUUUUCCACCAGGCGCUGUACCUGGGGGGCGUCACCGCCGCCCCCGCUCGGCCCACGCUCCGCCUCAUGAAGCAGAACCUCGCGUUCCUCUCCAGCGUCCUCACCGAGCAGGCCCAGCUGCCGGCCGUGCUCGAGGUGAUGAGGGCCUCCGUGGAGGCCUUCCUGACGGUCGUCCUCGCUGGCGGCAGCGGGCGGGCCUUCGCCCGCGGGGACCACGCCGCCGUGGCCGCGGACUUCGCGAGCUUGAAGCGCCUGUUCUGCAGUUUCGGGGUGGGGGAGGAGGCGGUCGAGAGGGAGACGGUGCGGGCGGAAGGGGUGCUGGCGCUCAUGGCCGUUCCGACGGAACAGCUCAUCCAUGAGUUGCUCGGCCACUAUGCUUCCACUCCGAUGAGAGCGGCGGGUGACGAGUUACCGCAGCUGCCGAUGAUGCCGAUGACGCCCACGGCGAGACGCUGGAGCCGGUCCGACGCCAACACCGUGCUCCGCGUGCUGUGCUACCGAGACGAUGAGCCUGCCAACAGAUUCUUGAAGAAAACCUUUAAUCUGCCCAAGAGGAGGUAGCCGAUUACGCAGUUCUAUCGCCGGCCCAUAGGAUCGGAUUGGAUCUAUCAUUCGCGACCCAAAGGGCCUGUUCGUUUCUGUUGGGUUUCACAAAAAUUAUUCCGGCUAAUUAAACCUUAUAUAAAUUAGACAAGCAAUCUACAUAGGAAUUGUUCCGAGUGUUCAAUUCUCUGGAACCGAACAAGGCCUAAUACUUUUUUUGAAAGCA